GGUGUUCCUUCCCUCUUCUACGUCUACGGAUCUGGACAUACCGGCAAGAUGUCGAGCUUUGACAAGAUUGUCAGGAUGGCAUGCAAGCCCAAGGCGGCACCGCCGAAGGCCAAGUAUCUUGACCCAAUUGUAAUGGCGACCUAUUCGGACGACGGUAGCGUUGGGGAUAUAUUCAAAGCCCUUGCUCCGAGGCUGCGUGAACCAAAUGCAGUUAUUGUCUUCAAGGCACUCAUUGUAUUACACACGAUGAUGCGAAACGGGUCGACGGACAAUGUGUUAACUUAUUUGGCUGAAUCUGAUGCUCUUCGACUGCGUAAUGUCGCUCAGGGGCAAUGGGAUGGCUACGAUGCUCCGGAUAAUCUGAUCCGAUAUGCGGCAUACCUCGAAACUCGGGUUCGAUCCUAUCGUGACUUGAAGCACGAUGCCAUUCGCGUUCAGUCGGAGUCUAACCGUGAUGCUCAUGGCAAUAAUGAAGCCAACGGUAGUGCCACAACUUCUCGGAAGAAGAAUGACAAGACUGCCAGCAGUGCCCCUCAACGGAGUAAGACCAUCAUGGGCAGGAAGCUCCGGAUCAUGUCUGUCGAGAAAGGCCUACUCCGAGAGACCAAGAUUGUGCAGAAGCAGAUGGAUUCACUGCUCGCCUGCAAGUUCUAUCUGGACGACCUUGAAGACGGUGAAUUGACGAUCACGGCUUUACGAUUGCUCGUUAAGGACCUUUUGGUUCUUUUUCAGGCAGUCAACGAGGGCGUGAUCAAUGUUUUAGAAAACUAUUUCGAGAUGUCUCAUAUCGACGCCGAAGACGCACUCAAAAUAUACCGACACUUCUGCAAGCAGGCGGAAAUUGUUGUGGAAUAUCUGAGCGUGGCGAAGAAAAUGCAGAACCUGCUUAAUGUGCCGAUACCCAAUCUCAAGCAUGCCCCUGUGUCCCUCGCUGGUGCAUUGGAAGAAUAUCUGAACGACCCUAACUUUGAACAGAACAGAUUGGAGUACAAGCUGAACAAGGACAUCUCUGAUGGCAAGGCUCCCGCAAAGCCACUGCAAAGCCAGAAAGAAGCACCUAAACUUCCAACUGCCAUCAAUACUGCACAGACGUCCACCUCUCAAGCUGGUUCAAGUCAAGCCCCUCCAUCCACCGCAAACAAAGACCUUGUUGAUUUCUUCGCCUCCAUCGAAUCAGGUCAACACGAUAUGUUCAACCCGCACACUAAUAGUCCAAACAGCCUAUACUUCAAUCAACAAGCAGCGGCAAACCCCUUCGGAAAUCCCUUCCACGGACGUCAAUCGAUGUUUAUUCCUCAAACCACAGGUGCUUUCCCCGGUGCUGCCGGCGUUCCGGGCGCUAUGCCCUUCGCGCAGCCUCAGCUGACCGGCUUCCCCAAUCCGUUCGGUGCGGGAAUGCCCAAUACCCUCCUUCAGCCAGUCCAGACUGGCGUCCCGUCCGCUUUUGCGCCGGCACAACCAAUAGCACAACCGAACCUCCUUCAAC